AGUAGCUCUCUGACCUUGUGAACCGAGGGCUUCCUCUUUCAUGGCGAGCUGGAGAGAACGCUGCUGGCCGACUGCGAGCUGUCCCGCCCCGCACUUGGACUGCGCCCGCCCAGCGAUCCUGAGCACAGCCUAGGAGGAGGCGUCAGGCCCCGGCCGACCUUGUUUUUCUCCCCCUUGUUGGAUUUGCGAUUUGUCCUCAGUCAGCAAUACUCGGACCACUCGGAGCAUCGCCGGCGUCUGCCGCUCAUCUUCGAUGGCUCUCAUGGACAAGCAUAAAGUGAAGCGACAACGUCUGGACCGCAUCUGUGAAGGCAUACGCCCUCCAAUUUUAAAUGGCCCAAUGCAUCCUCGUCCCCUGGUGGCCCUCCUGGAUGGCAGAGACUGUACGGUGGAAAUGCCCAUUCUGAAAGACGUGGCCACCGUGGCAUUCUGCGAUGCCCAGUCGACGCAGGAGAUCCACGAGAAGGUCUUGAAUGAAGCAGUAGGGGCUCUCAUGUACCACACCAUCACGUUAUCACGAGAUGACCUGGACAAGUUCAAGGGCUUGAGGAUCAUCGUGCGGAUUGGCAGCGGCUACGACAACAUCGACAUCAAAGCGGCUGCCGAGUUAGGAAUCGCAGUAUGCAAUGUUCCCUCCUCAUCGGUGGAAGAGACUGCCGACUCAACACUGUGCCAUAUCCUAAACCUGUACAGAAGAGUCACCUGGCUGCACCAGGCCAUGAGAGAAGGAACUCGCGCCAGCAGUGUGGAGCAAAUCCGAGAGGUGGCAGGAGGUGCAGCACGAAUCCGUGGAGAGAAGCUUGGGAUCAUUGGGCUGGGACGGAUUGGCCAGGCUGUGGCCUUGAGAGCAAAGGCGUUCGGCUUCAACGUGAUCUUCUACGACCCGUACCUCCCAGAUGGAGUGGAGCGAUCUCUCGGUUUACAGCGAAUGAGCACCUUGCAGGACCUCCUCAUACACAGCGACUGCGUGUCUCUUCAUUGCCGUCUUAACGAACACAACCAUCAUCUUAUCAACGACUUUACCAUCAAACAGAUGCGUCAGGGUGCAUUCCUUGUGAACACGGCUCGAGGAGGCCUGGUCGAUGAGAAGGCGCUUGCUCAAGCUUUGAAAGAAGGACGGAUACGAGGAGCAGCUCUCGACGUGCACGAAAACGAGCCUUUCAGUUUUUCUCAGGGCGCUUUGAAAGAUGCACCAAACCUGAUCUGUACCCCCCACUCUGCCUGGUACAGCGAGCAAGCUUCCAUUGAAGCACGGGAGGAAGCUGCCAAAGAAGUAAGACGUGCCAUCACAGGACGCAUCCCAGACAGUUUGAAGAAUUGCGUUAACAAGGAGUACCUGAUGGCCGCCGCCCAGUGGUCUGGCAUGGAUCCCAGUACGGUCCACUCGGAGCUCAAUGGUGGGGCCGCUCCAUACAGGUUCGCAACUGGCAUGGUUGGUGUGAACCCCAGUGGCCUCCCAGCCGCUGCAGUGGAGGGGAUGGUGACGGGCACCUUGUCCAUCUCCCACGGGAUCCCGCCCGUCGCACACACUGCACACACCCCCUCACCUGGACAGACCAGCAAGCCAGAGUCGGACAGAGAAAUCUCCGCGGACCAAUAGCAGUGCACCAAAUGACAUUCCUGCGCUCGCUGACCCCUAUAAGUGGCAGUCGUCGGCCCCCCUCGACGAGCUCUCUCUCUCUCUCUCUCUCUCUCUCUCUCUCUCUCUCUCUCUCUCCACAAGUUCUAGCGACUCUUCUUUACUCCGUUUACUUCACCUUCUGUUUUUGGGGGGCCUUCAUCAGCCCUCGUUUUUAUGUUGUCCCCCUUUGCAGUGAUCAUUUUGGAGUCAUUUUUAGUUUUUUGUUGUGCAGUGUUGGUUCUCUGAUUCGUAGGUGACCGCUGUCAGUCUCUCUCUUGAACCAGGGGGACGGUGGGCUUUGUUCCUCUCUGCCGCCUGUGGGUCAGGUGGCGAGCAGCUGGUUGGCAGAUCUCGAAUCGAGGGGUUGACCGACUUCCCCUCCCCCACCUGUCCUGAAGUGCAGUGUACUGAAAGGGGACAUUCCUGAUUUGAAGACGGGCAUCUGGGGGUGGGGGCUUGAGGGGCUGCCCAUUGACUGUGUGCCCCCCUCACCGGGCCCUGUCUUCAUUUCACGUCUGAAGAAGUCUUAAAGGGUGUCCUGACUUGGUGGCUUAAGUGACCAGGACCCCCGCUGCUCUGCCCUGACCUCUAUGUGUCCCCUGUGGUGGUACUGCUCCGUGAACAUGCCCACCUGAGCCCCCCCUCCCCACCGGCCCCUACCCCAUCCUUACAGGAAAGAACUGCACAUCAAAAACCUGCGACCGUUUACACCAAAUGGGUCCCAAGUGCGUCUUUGUCUCGGGGUGACCAGACGCCUCUAGGAGUGUCCCAGAAAUGUCUCCUCAGCUGGGGGUCUGCGUGAGUGGGUGGGGGGGCUUCAGAUACUUUUUAGAAAUCGUUUUUCUACUCUAUUCCAGUAGAUGUUCAUUUUUUGUCGUCUUUGUUUUUAUACUGCCGCGUCGGAGGACGUUUGGACUCCAUUAGGGCUCUGGUGACAUUCCUAGAGGGGUCUGCCCAGCUCGCCCACCCACCCACCUGACCGACUGGUUACCGUAUGGUUUGUGCUUCAGCGCCUACGGGUGCAGCUCCAGACCUUUACUGCUCUUUGGCAUGCGUACCAAGAGAUGACACCUUGCACAUGAAACAAUGCGCCACGACGGCCAUGUCGGAGUCGAGCCAGUCCCAAGCCGGGGUCCCCUUAGUGCCUCCUGAGGGCGCCGUAGAGCAGGCUCGGUGUCGGGUGUUGGCGCAGAUGUGCCGGCCGUGACUUAGUGGUUCAGCCCCGUGUGCCCACGCGUCGGGGCCAUUUCAACAUGUCAGAUGACACAUGUGCCAAAGCAGUGGUUUAGGCGGGCAGAACACGAUGCUCUGCUGCCCUAACCCCGGUGGUCUCGGUGCCCCUUUGCAGUCAUCUCUUGCCUUAUUGAACCCUGCUCGCUCGCCUCUUGGUCGGGUGGGUCGCGUGUGCCGUGGCGGGGCAGGCGGGAUGCCACUCGUGGUGCGUUGCCAAAGGAGGUAAACGUGUGCAGUGCGCCCUCUACUGUGAAUGAACCUUGUGUGGCAGCGGCCUCAUAGUACCUCAGACCUGAUAUUGAAUGUACUCACUCGCGCUCGCUCGCUCGCUCGCUCUCUCUCUCUCUGUACAGUUUAUUAUUAUUAUUAUUAUUAUUUUUUUUAGAUACGACAGAAUUCUUUAGUAUACAAAAGACUCACAAGAAAUAAAAAGAAAGAAAGAAAGAAAGAACACUUCGUACUUUUAGAUACGCGAAACAACGUUGGAGGAAAAUCUCAGGCUUCUCGUACCUCGGUGGGGUUUCACUUCACUUUGGUUCUUUGGUUUUGUUUUCUCCUUUU